AGGCCCCGCCCUCCCCUUUGGGAAGAGCUUCACUUCCGGCCGGCGGCUGCGCGUAGUCGGCGCAAGCCCAGUGGGGACUGGCGGGGGCGCCUGAUGCCGGCGGCUCCUCACGCGGGCGGGAUGAUGCAGGGGGAACAGAGUCCAGCUACUUCCCUCAUUGACAGAACCAUCAAGAUGAGGAAAGAGACUGAAGCCAGGAAAGUGGUUUUGGCUUGGGGACUCCUUAAUGUGUCAGUUGCAGGCAUGAUUUAUACUGAAAUCAGUACAAACAACUCCGCCCCGUGAGCUAGUGACAAAGAAAGUCCCUUCUUCAACCCCUUCUCCUCCAAUCCUGGGUCAGAGCGUGCUGAGUUACAGCCCAUCCCGCUCACCUAAUACCAGCCCAAAGUUUGCCACUGGUUGCAUGACUGGGUACAGCCCUCAGCUACAGGCUCUGUCAGGCAGCGGUGGUUCUUAUAGCACUGCUGUGACCUACUCACCAAACAGCACCUACAGUAAGGUAUCCAGCUUCAGUCCCUCUCCUGGUGGCUCACCAUACCCCACCAGCAUUGGACCAGUGGAAAGCAGCGGGCUGAGGUCUCGGUACCGUUCUUCGCCAACUGUGUAUAACUCCCCUAUUGGCAAAGAAGACUAUAUGACAGACCUAAAGUCCUUGGACAACUUCCUUCAAAGUGAAGAAGAGAAGCAACAUCGAGUUCAGCUGGGGAGUUCAGAUUCCAGCUCUCCUUCCAGCAGUCCGACUCUUUGGAACUACAGCCGUUCCAUGGGCGACUACGCACAGAUGCUGAGGAAGUUCCAGUACCAGCUGGCCUGCAGGUCCCAAGCCCCAUCAGCACACAAAGAUGAAGCUGAUCUGAGCUCUAAGCAAGCUGCGGAAGAGGUUUGGUUGAGGGUGAUAAUGAAUCGACAGCUACUCAAUCAUGUGGACUCAUGGACAGCUAAGUUCAGAAAUUGGAUUAACGAGACUAUUUUAGUGCCACUUGUGCAAGAGAUUGAUUCUGUGAGCACGCAGCUGAGAAGAAUGGGGUGUCCAGAGUUGCAGAUUGGAGAAGCCAGUAUUAGCAGUCUGAAACAAGCCGCUCUUGUUAAAGCUCCACUCAUCCCCACACUGAACACUAUAGUGCAGUACCUGGACCUUACACCAAACCAGGAAUAUUUGGUUGAAAGGAUCAAAGAACUUUCUCAGGGAGGAUGCAUGAGCUCAUUCCGAUGGAACAGAGGAGGGGACUUCAAAGGCCGUAAAUGGGAUACUGAUUUGCCCACUGAUUCUGCUAUCAUUAUGCACGUGUUCUGCACUUACCUUGACUCCAGGCUGCCUCCUCACCCAAAAUAUCCUGAUGGCAAAACAUUUACCUCACAACACUUCAUUCAAACACCAGAUAAGCCAGAUGUUUCAAAUGAGAAUGUGAUUUGCAUCCACCAGAGCACCAUCAACCCUCCCCACUAUGAGCUUAUCUACCAGUGCCAAGUCUACAAUCUGCCCAAGGGCAGAAACAACAUGUUCCAUACCUUGCUUAUGUUCCUGUGCAUCAUAAAGACAAAAGAAUCUGGGAUGCUCGGGCGAGUAAAUCUUGGCUUAUCAGGAGUGAAUGUUCUGUGGAUCUUGGGAGACUAGUACAUCAUGGUUCACUGUGGAUGGCCUCCACCUUCACAUAGUGAGAAACAAUUGUGCAUCUCUGAGAUAACUGAACAGCUUAUUACACUUGUGCCUUGAAUAUAAACCUAUAACAAUGUACUAGUGUGAUAUCCUUGUGAACAUAGGAUACGUUUACAUUCAAUACACUGUUCACAUGAGAACAUGCUUCCAGCAUUGAAAUACUCCUACCAGCUCUUAUUGCGCAAAGACAUCUCUUUACAACUUCCCACCUUCACAAGCCCUACUUUAAAAGCCUUCACCAUUCUUCUGGCUGAGUUGCCCUCCAGAGGCCAUCACUGCUGAUACUUGAAUUAGAAGCAACUCAACGGUACCCCUGCCAGCUUGGGGAAUGAAUUGGGAGCCCAUCUCAUCUACAUGGCAGGGUAGAAUACUACAGUGCAACUUGGACUGCCCUACUAUGGUUGUACACUGCUGCUUGGUACUUGGUACUUCAGUGCUGCCCCUUGAAAAAUCAGUCACUGCCAAGUACAAAAAUCAGUGUGGCCAAGUAGAAGAUCCACAUGCACCAGGAAAUGCCACAUAACCAGGAUUCUCUUCGGCUUAUGCAGAAAGGCUUGUGGCUAACCAUCAUUGGAGGACCAGUGUAGUGGGAUUUUGUGGCACCACCACACUUUUAAAGUGACUGCACUGAAGGUGUAAGUGAAAGAAAACUUCAGACCCUACACACCAGUUAGACUAUAUUCUUAUGAAUCUUUUUUAAACAAAAUAACCCAAUAUCUUUUAAAUUUGAGUGUGUUUGGGGCAACAAAACGUUGCUGAUGUCUUGACUGAAAUUGAAGUCUUGCCCGAACGUCCUUUAUUUUUUAAAAAGUUCUCACAUUAGUGUUUCUGGUAUUCAUCCCCUAUUUUAGAGGUGUUUGAGCUGUAAAAAAUUUACUCUAAAAUGGAACAUAGCUUCAGUGUCUCUGCAAAAGAACAAAAUUUUUACACUUAAAUCAGGAUGUCCUAGGAGUCCAAAGGGACAUCUUCUCCUCCACCCCCAUAUUGCUGUGAAGUUCUUUAUAACCAAGGACAAACCUGACCAGCGUUAGUCAUUGGAGGGAGUUGAGGCUCUGCUGGUUUUUCCAGCCUGCUGCAAAUAGCAAUGACCCAAAAGCAAGAAUCAAAUAUAUGACUUGAACUCCUAUUCUGUAUGGGUGGCACGUCACUUUAGAUCCUCAGACCAGCCAACACCUUCUUUUGAGAAAAAAGAUGUUCUGCUCUAGUAUGUAUAAUGAUGGGGUGUCCCUGGAUAACCCAACACACACACACAUAUAGAUAUAUAUA